AUGGUCCGACCAGUGUAUUUCGUUGUCGUAGCCGCGACGGCGCUCCUUUCCGCCGUCGUGUGCCAUGUUGGCGCCGCUGCAGUGGGCGACGUGUUGCCGUAUGGUGGGACCGCCACAACAAAAGCCCUGGGGCAGGCGGCCGCGGUAGCGUGCAAUGCAAACAUUGGCGACAGCUACGCCGUUGUGAAGCGGUUCCAAGGGAACGUGACGCUCAACUGCAACACGUGCGUCCGGGCCGUGUGCCACAGCGGCCUCUGCGGCGGAUCAGCGACCCCCGUGAUCCUUCGCAUUGUCGACGACUGUCCGACGUGCGAGGACGAAGGCUUGGACAUGGCGCCGGCAACGCUUCAGACCAUGUCCGGGAGCUCUGUACCGGGUCUGUACGCGAUCAGGUGGGAGUUCGUGAACUGCCCGGCGACGCCUGGCAGGGCGCCGCCCACUUACGAGGCGGGGGUCGUCGAACCAGCUACCGCGUCGACGAACCCCGUGUCGAUCCUACAGGCGAACGAGAAGGACGUGGACAGGACGCGACGUCAAGAGCCCGCGGCCGCCGAUCACAAGCUCGUGAUUACCGAAGCCGAGUCCUCUGACGACGCAAAGAAAUCGUCCGGCACGAGUCUCGUGAUUGUGAUUCUUGUGGGUCUGGUUGCCGUCGGCGCCUGUGCGCUGGCGGUCGUCUUCUUUACGGUCGCGAACAAGAAACGACGGAGCAAACGCGGUCCGUGCACGACGCGGUCUUUCGACACGUUCAGCUCACCGGCGACUGCGAAAGUCAGCAUCGUCAAGUUCUGA